AUGUCACAUGAUCAAACAGGACAUUCCGGGAUGGCCCAGUGGGCUCUCAUUGUAGCCAUGAUGCGCCAUUUGAGCAAAGACUCGAUCCAGUUGAUGCUGGGCUGGGUGGAAUCGGGUCUUUCCCGAUUCUUUGCCCCGGGCUUGGCUCUCGUUUUCUGGGUCGGACUCCGAUCCGGACUUCGGCAUGAUUGCUUGUGGGCCCUUCCUUUUUGGGCUUUUCCUCGUUGGGACAUCCCUAGUUGCUUAUGGCAUGUUGUGCAAAAAAGAUGUUUGUCGUUGCACGAAUAUCGCUCCGCUGCUCUUUUGGAGUCGUUCGGCGUGGGUGUGCCUAAAGGCUACGCCGCCACCACCCCUGAAGGAGCUUUCGACGCCGCCAAGAAAUUGGGCACCAGCGAAUUGGUGAUCAAGGCCCAGGCUUUGACCGGAGGCAGAGGUAAGGGCCACUUUGACAACGGCUUCCAGGGCGGAGUCAAGUUGAUCUCCUCCCCAGAAGAGGCCAAGGACUUGGCUUCCAAGAUGUUGAACCGCAAGUUGAUCACAAAGCAGACUGGUGCUGCCGGUAAGGAGGUCACCGCCGUCUACGUGGUGGAGAGAAGAGACGCCAGAACCGAGGCUUACUUGGCCAUCUUGAUGGACAGAGCCACGCAAAAGCCCAUGAUCGUGGCCUCCUCCCAGGGAGGUAUGGACAUCGAGGGUGUGGCUGCGGAGACCCCCGACGCCAUCAAGACCUUCUCGGUCGACUUGGACGCCGGUGUCACCGACAAGUUGGCCACGGAAAUCGCCUCUGUCUUGGGCUACACCCAGGAGGCUGUCCCCGAGGCUGCCAAGGCCGUGCAGAACUUGUACAAGGUCUUCAUCGAGAAGGACUGCACCCAGGUGGAGAUCAACCCCUUGUCCGAGACCCCAGACCACAAGGUGUUGGCCAUGGACGCCAAGUUGGGCUUUGACGACAACGCUGAGUUCAGACAGAAGGACGUGUUCUCCAUGAGAGACACCACGCAGGAGGACCCCGAGGAGGUUGAGGCCAGCAAGUACGGCUUGAACUUCAUCAAGUUGGACGGCAACAUCGCCAACAUCGUCAACGGUGCCGGCUUGGCCAUGGCCACCAUGGACAUCAUCAAGUUGUACGGCGGUGAGCCUGCCAACUUCUUGGACUGCGGUGGUACUGCCACGCCUCAGACCAUCGAGAAGGCCUUCCAGUUGAUCUUGUCCGACAAGAAAGUCAACGGUAUCUUCGUCAACAUCUUCGGUGGUAUCGUCAGAUGCGACUACGUUGCUGAGGGUUUGAUUGCUGCCACCAAGAACUUCAACUUGGACAUCCCAGUCGUAGUCAGAUUGCAAGGUACCAACAUGAAGCAAGCCAAGGACUUGAUCGACAACUCCGGCUUGAAGUUGUACGCCUUCGAGGACUUGGACCCUGCUGCCGAGAAGAUCGUCUCAUUGGCCCCAAAGGCUUAA